AUGAGGAGCAAUGGAACCGAGCGGGAGAAGAGACUGGGCUCUGCGCGCUUGGCACGUCCUGCCUCUCCUGGGCAACUUACCCGGCUGCCUUUCGCCCUGGAGCUCAGUUCCUCAAAAGCCACCCCAGCAGGCUCCCACCGCGGCGCUGACACGCUCAACAGGCGGUGGGAACUGGCUUACAAAGACGCUUGGGAGGUUCGAAUCACAGUGCAAUGUCUCCUGACACAAAGGCUCAUUGGAAGUGGCCACAAAGAACAGAGGCGUCCAGGUGCAUCCCGGCCACGGGAGCUGGGGGCCGGCAUGGGCAGCAGCGCUGUCUGCCGAGCGAGCGCCAGAGACAGAGAGAAGGUGGUGAACCGUGUGGUUCAUGCGGCCCCUAAGGCUUUGGAAAACUCCCAGGGCUGUAAUCCCCUUGCACAAACUGGCCGGAGCAAGCUGCAGAACCAGAGGGCAGUCCUGAACCAGCAGAUCCUGAAGGCUGUGCGGAUGCGGACGGGAGCCGAGAACCUUCUCAAAGUGGCCACAAACCAGAAGGUGCGGGAACAGGUUCGCCUGGAGCUGAGCUUUGUCAACUCAGACCUGCAGAUGCUGAAGGAGGAGCUGGAGGGUCUCAACAUUUCCGUGGGAGUGUACCAGGGCACCUAGGAGGCCUUCGCCAUCCCUUUGAUUCCUCUGGGCCUGAAGGAAACCAAAGAAGUUGACUUUUCGAUCGUCCUCAAGGAUUUUAUCUUGGAACAUUACAGUGAAGACAGCUAUUUGUACGAAGAUGACAUUGCAGACCUUAUGGACCUGCGGCAGGCUUGUCGAACACCCAGCAGGGACGAGGCAGGGGUCGAGCUGCUCAUGUCUUAUUUCAUCCAGCUGGGCUUUGUGGAGAGCAGGUUUUUCCCGCCCACCCAUCACAUGGGGCUCUUGUUUACCUGGUAUGAUUCCCUCACCGGGGUUCCGGUCAGCCAGCAGAACUUGCUGCUGGAGAAGGCCAGCAUUCUGUUCAACAUGGGAGCGCUGUACACCCAGAUUGGGACCCGCUGUAACCGGCAGACACAGACUGGGCUGGAGAGCGCGGUGGAUGCCUUCCAGAGAGCUGCAGGGGUCCUAAACUACCUGAAGGAGACAUUCACGCAUACUCCAAGUUAUGACAUGAGCCCUGCCAUGCUCAGCGUGCUGGUCAAAAUGAUGCUUGCCCAAGCCCAAGAAAGCAUGUUUGAGAAGGUCUGCCUUCCGGGGAUCCAGAAUGAGUUCUUCAUGCUGGUAAAGGUGGCUCAGGAGGCCGCCAAGGUGGCAGAGGUCUACCGGCAGCUGCACGCAGCCAUGAGCCAGGAGCCAGUGAAAGAGAACAUCCCGUAUUCGUGGGCCAGUGUGGCCUACGUGAAGGCCCACCACUACGUGGCCCUGGCUCACUACUUUGCCGCCACCCUCCUCAUCGAUCACCAGCUAAAGCCAGGUGCAGACGUGGACCACCAGGAGAAGUGCCUGUCCCAGCUCUAUGACCGCAUGCCGGAAGGGAGGACGCCUCUGGCCACGCUCAAGAACCACGGGCAGCGUAUGCUACUGGCAAAACCUGAGCGAGAGGCCGAAAUAACCUCCCCACAGUUCUCCAAGGUGACAGUCACAGACUUCUUCCAGAAGCUGGGACCCCUGUCUGUGUUUUCGGCCAACAAGAGAUGGACACCUCCUCGAGGGAUUCACUUCACAGUGGAGGAGGGGGACCUGGGUUUCACUCUGCGAGGGAACGCUCCAGUCCAGGUGCACUUCCUGGACCCUCGCUGCUCUGCUUCGCUGGCAGGAACCAAGGAAGGAGAUUACAUCGUCUCCAUUCAAGGCAUAGAUUGUAAGUGGCUGACCGUGGGUGAGGUUAUGAAGCUGCUAAAGAGCUUUGGAGGGGAGCAUGUUGAGAUGAAGAUUGUGAGCCUCCUGGACUCCACCUCAUCCAUGCAUAAUAAGUGUGCCACCUACUCUGUGGGAAUGCAGAAGACUUACUCCAUGAUCUGCCUGUCCAUGGAUGAUGACGAUAAAACUGACAAAGCCAAGAAGAUCUCAAAAAAGCUCUCCUUUUUGAGUUGGGGCACCAGUAAGAACAGACAGAAGUCAGCCAGCACACUCUACCUCCCCUCGGUCGGACUCGCAAGGCCUCAAACCAAGAAGAAACUCCCGACACCCUUCAGCCUGCUCAACUCCGACAGCUCUCUGUACUGAACACAGAACAGUUCACUCCGAGGACAAGAAGCCUGUUUAAACACCUACGCCAUGAUGGAAACGUUCUCCAACACCCUCUUCUCAGAGUGUAAACUUGUGUUUGGUGGGCUUAUGAAAGCAAGAAGAAACCUAAAAAUUGAUGGAAAACCCAACUGCAGGGGGAUUUUCGAACUACCGAGGCAGUUAUUUAUUCUAUAAAGUAGGACGUAGAAGAGCCUGGAUGAUAUGGCUGUUUUUAAUGACUGUGGUUAUGACAUUCAGGCACUGUGAGCGAUGAAUUGGGGCCACCUCCCUUGGUAUAUUUCUGAGUGUCUAGAUUUGAGUAGUAGUGAUUUCUUAACCUCAAGUUCAAAUGACCCUUGAAUGGAGGCAGGUUAGAGGUGGCUUACCGAAGCCAGGCUGCUUGGCAGAUCUCUGUGAGUUCGGGGCCAGUCUGGACACGAAGGAGUUCCACGACAGCCAGAGCUACAUGGAGACCCUGUCUCAACAAACAAAAACAAAACAGGCUGCUUUCUCCCCUUGGGAAUUCAUGAGCUGAACAUGGCAAUAUUUUAUGAAAUCCCUCCAUAAUUUGAAUGUUAUUUCCCAGAUAAAGUCCAGUGCCAAUUCUGCCUUGACUUUUUUCCAGGAUCAGCUUUCCCUCCAGUCGGCUCCCGCUGACCAGUUGCUAACACGAUGGCAGUGUUAGGAGAUACUGUCUACAGGGUAGAUAAUAUGCUGUUUGAUACUCAAAACGUUCUUGUUGUUUAAAGUAGGAAGUAUGUCACUAUGUAUUCUAAGAGUCUUGGUUUAAGAAGUAGUUCUGCAGUUUACAAGGUAAAGACGUAAACUUCCUCAAGUUGAAAUCUCUACUUGACUUUUUAAGAUGUAUCUACCUACCAACUUGACUUUGGGGCUAUAGGUUGGAUGACACCGUGACUGUUUUCCUGAGUCACGGUUGACAUAGUUUAAGUGCUCUGCUUAAAGCUGUAGCCUGUGGAUCUUAAUUUGAGAAGUAAAAGAAUUUCAAUAUUUUUCUAUUGUGCAAUAUCUUAAGAAAGCCAGUGCCUUUAGGAAAGUGUGCCCACUAUCCCCGGGGCUCUUUAUAUAAGUAUUUAAA